AGAAAAAAAAAGUUAAGAUACCUACUAAGCUUCCAACCAAUCCAUCAUCUCAUAAUUUUUUAAUUAGUAUGUAGAUUCAUAUCUUCCAUAUUUACUUUGAAAAUUAUACCCAUCAUGGCGGCUUCCGACUCACGAAAGCAAACCCUGUUUGACGACAGCGACGAUGAAUCAGAUGGUGGUGUUAAACUACAAAUAAAUGCCGAAUAUGCCAAAAGAUUCGAGCAUAACAAGAAGCGCGAGGAAUUACACAGAUUGGAGGAGAAAUACAAGUCGAAACAAACGAAUGGAGGCAAGCCAAAGAAUGAUGGUGACGAGUCCGGAUCUUCUUCAGAUGAAACCGAAGACGAAGAUGGCUUUUUGGCCACUGAGGAUCUCGAUGCUCAAAUAUCGGCUACACUGCAAGCAAUCAAACACAAAGACCCUCGCCUAUACGAUGGGAAAACUACAUUCUUCAAGCCAGUCGAAGAAAAUGCAACUGUAGAGGAUACCACAGAAAAGCAAAAGAAGGAGAAGCCUAUCUUUCUACAAGAUUACCACCGAGAAAAGAUUCUGCGCGGAGACACUGGAGCGGAUUUCGACGAAGACCUGCCUCCGCAAACAUAUGCACAAGAGCAAGAUGCAUUGAAGCAGACCAUCAAGAAGGAAAUUCAAGCCCAGCUGCAAGUCGAAGAUAACGCCCAUAGUAGCGAUAGCGACGAGGGCUUCAUGAAGGCCAAGAGGACGUCCAACCCCAUUCCUGAAAAUGGCAUUCACCCCUCUAGGGCUGGAAAAAUUAAGGUCGCCAAGCCUGACAUUUCUCAAGCUGAAAAGGAUCCAGAGCUAUUCUUGUCAAAUUUCAUGUCAUCCCGCGCCUGGCUCGAGGAAGAUGGAACCAAUUGGCAAGCAUUCGAAUCUGAUGAAGGCGAAGACGAGAAAGCAGAUGAAUGGGAGACCGCAUACAAUUUACGUUUUGAGGACCCAAACAAAAGUAACGAGGUUUUGAAGUCAUACGCCCGUGACGUCGUCGCCGCUCGCUCGGUCAGGCGCGAGGACAAGACUGCACGCAAGCGACAACGUGAAAUAGAGCGCGAAAAUAAGGAAGAGGAAAAACAGAAGCGAAAAGAGGAACGGGCACGACUACGUCGCCUGAAACUAGACGAGGCAGAGAACAAGCUCAAAAAGAUCAAGAAAGCUGCUGGUCUGUCUGGUAAAACACUGAAAGACGACGAAUGGCAGAAGCUACUUGAAGACGUUUGGGAGGACGAUAAAUGGGAAGAGCAGCUAAAGAAGACAUUCGAUGACCAGUACUACGCUGCAGGCGAAGAGGAAAUUUCAGAAGAUGAUGAUGAGGAAGAUGAUGAGGAAACUGAGGCCAAGAAGUCGAAGAAGGUGAAGAAACCUAAAUGGGACGACGAUAUCGAUAUUAAGGACUUGAUUCCCGAAUUCGAAGAUGAGGAACGUCCUAAUAUCGCCCUUACCGACGAGGAACAACGAAACGAAGAAGAAGAGGAGGAGGAGGAGGAGGAGGAGGCCCCCAUAUCCAAACGUCAGAAGACCAGUAAGGAGCGCAAGCGCGAAAAACUUGAAAGCCAAAAAGCCGUACGUCAAGAGCGAGCCAAGCUCGAGGCCUUUGUCAAUACGAAGAUGGAUAUCGAUGAUCCCGAGAUUCUUGCUGGCGGAAGCUCUUCCUCCGCAAAGGCCACAGGCCCCUCGCGUUUUAGAUAUCGUGAAACACGUCCCGAAUCCUUCGGCCUCACGACGCGCGAUAUCCUCAUGGCUUCUGACGCCGACCUCAAUGAGUAUGCCGGCCUCAAGAAGCUUGCACAUUUCCGUCCCGCCGACAGACAAGCCAAGGAUCGCAAGAGGCUCGGCAAGAAAGCCCGCCUUCGCCAAUGGCGCAAGGAGACUUUCGGCCCCGAGUUUGAGCGCGAACCGCCCGCUUUCAACCCUGGUGCUUUCACUGAGCCGAACGAACCUGAUGCCAAGCAAAGUAACAUAAUUGAGGGCGGAUCCAAGAAGAAGCGUAAGCGGUCUAGGGCAAAGAAGGGCGCAAAACAGGAAGAGGAAAAGGAGGAGGUGGCGGCAGUGGCGUAGAAGCAUGAACCAAAAAUGUGGUUAUUGUUUGUUUGUACAUGUGUAUGUGUAUGUGCCUGUACUGUAUGUACAUAAUUACAGAUGGCAGAUGGCAGAUGCACCUACAUAU